AUGGAUUCAAUUUAUUUAAAAAACUAUUCAAAUUUAUUUUUUAUUAUUAUAAGAAUUUCUUGCAAAAUAAAAACAUAUAAAAAAAUUUUAAAUUCAAUAAUUUAUGAACUUAGAAACCUUGAAUUAUUAAUAAUAUCGUUUAAAACAAUAUUUUUCUACUUAAAUCUUAUCCAAACGAAAUCUUUAUUAGGUACCACAGCCCAGAUAGAAGCCUUGAUAAUCUAG